CCCCCGGUUCGCUGGACCCGGGUCCGCCUCCGCCUCCGCUCUUCUUCUUCUUGCGAGAGAAGAUUACAAGAAGCAAAGCCUGGCGCCGCCGCCGCCGCAGCCGAAGCCGACGAGGGGCAUAUCCCCGGAGGGAAGUGGUGGAGGAGGAGGAUGGCGGAGGGCGGGGAGGACGCGCGCCGCCGCGCCGCGGUCACCGACUACCGCAAGAAGCUCCUCACCUGCCGGGAGCUCGAGGCGCGGGUCAAAACAGGGAGGGAGAACCUAAAAGAUGCAAAGAAAAACUUGGAAAAAACUGAAGAGGAUCUAAAAUCAUUGCAAAGUGUUGGUCAAAUUAUCGGUGAGGUGCUUCGACCUUUGGACAAGGAACGAUUUAUUGUCAAAGCUAGCAGUGGACCACGCUAUGUUGUUGCCUGCCGAAGUAAAGUUGACAAAGAAAAGUUGAUUGCCGGUACACGAGUUGUUCUUGACAUGACAACACUUACCAUCAUGCGCACUCUGCCUCGUGAGGUUGAUCCUGUAGUUUACAACAUGCUACAUGAAGAUCCUGGCAAUGUUAGUUACUCAGCUGUAGGUGGGUUAUCAGAUCAAAUAAGGGAACUCAGAGAAUCCAUUGAGUUACCGCUUAUGAACCCAGAAUUGUUUCUCCGUGUCGGGAUUAAGCCGCCGAAGGGUGUGCUGCUCUACGGUCCACCUGGAACUGGGAAGACACUUCUAGCUAGAGCCAUUGCUAGCAACAUUGAUGCUAAUUUCUUGAAGGUUGUGUCAAGUGCUAUCAUUGAUAAAUAUAUUGGUGAAAGUGCACGCUUAAUUCGUGAAAUGUUUAACUAUGCACGUGAGCAUCAGCCAUGCAUCAUUUUUAUGGAUGAAAUUGAUGCCAUCGGUGGCCGAAGAUUUAGUGAGGGCACAAGUGCAGAUCGUGAGAUUCAGAGGACAUUGAUGGAGCUUCUAAAUCAGCUAGAUGGAUUCGACGAGCUUGGGAAGGUGAAAAUGAUCAUGGCAACCAACCGGCCUGAUGUUUUGGAUCCCGCACUCCUUCGUCCUGGGCGGUUGGACAGGAAGAUUGAGAUCCCAUUGCCGAAUGAACAGGGGAGGAUGGAGGUCCUCAAGAUCCAUGCAGUUGGCAUUGCGAAGCAUGGCGAGAUUGACUAUGAAGCUGUAAUCAAUCUAGCUGAAGGCUUCAACGGAGCCGAUCUGCGCAACGUCUGCACCGAAGCCGGCAUGGCUGCUAUCCGAGCAGAGCGUGACUAUGUCAUUCACGAGGACUUCAUGAAGGCUGUGCGCAAGCUGAAUGACGCCAAGAAGCUCGAGUCCAGUGCACACUACAGCGCUGACUUCGGCAAGGAUUGAAGGGGGGUAUUUCACCUGAUCUGGAGCGGUUCUGAUCAUAGGGCAAACUGUGUUAGGUGGAAGAGCUGCCAUGGGAGCAAGAGCAAGCACAUCACUCUUGAUUUAUUUAUUACUUAUUCGUUUCAUCAGAUAGAUACUUAUCAUAUUCUUCCGGUGUAAAUGGUUUGAUGAGAAACUCAAUCAACUUUUCUUUAAAAAAUGAAUUUGGCCUCUCAUUGAUAUGUAAGGGCCAUAUAACGCCUUGUACUUCCUGUGAGUAAACAUUUGCAGAAACAA